AUGCAGAUGCCACUACAUACUGAAACGAUGUAUGGCAAUUCAUCUGCAAAAACAGUCGCUAGUCCGGUACGUCCCGCAACAGUCGGAAGCUUCGCCGUAUUGGAUGUACGACAACGGGUAUCUGAUAUUCCAGGCGAGUACCGAUAAUAUAUACACCGUCAUAAUAUUAUUAUUAUUAUAAUUUCCUAUCGGAAUUAAUUAGAUUUUUAAAGCCGCAGCCGAAAAUGAAGUAAUCUGUUGUUAUUAUUAAUUUAUUUUUUUAUAUAAUCACAGCAGUCGUCAGCCGCAUAACAUCUUAUACAUAAAGGGCGAUCCAUUAAUCACAAACCCGCAAUUUUCUCAGCAGUUCAUAAGUGAUUAAACAACAUAUCCACUUUUAGAUGAUAAAUUGAUAAAACUCUUUCCUACUCCUCCAGUCUAAACUUUAAACUGUUAUUAAUUAUUUACAGUGAAUCCAAUAUAAGUGUAAUACGCAUAUCAAAAUGUACAAAACAAUAUUAUCCAUUCGAAUUUGUAAUUUAGUAUUCAGGAUAAAAAUCGGGGAAAAAUGAUUGAUAAUCGGAAAAAAAAAUCGCCAACCCAUAAUAUUGUUUUUAAUCAAUGAACUGUGGAUAUUUAGCCCUUCAAUCGAUAUCAAUAUUAAAAACCAUUAAUUUGUCUUACUAUUGUAAGUUGAGAGGGAAAGCUGCUUUUAUAUUUAAUAUACUAUACAUACUAUACUGAAGUUAUUAACACUAACCGCUAUAACUGUUUAAAACAUAUUGUAUAAAAUAAAAUUUGUUUGGCGUUUUCUUAAAUUCUUGGGUGUCAUAAAUGAAUCCAUGAUAAUAUUUAUUAGAGAACAAUGGAGUAAUGAUAUCUGCUACUAAUAUUCAGUAUUUGAAAUAUUUCACAGCCGACUGUAAUCAGUUAGCAACAUCUUAGCGGCAACAAAAGUGUAUCAAAAUAAUAAUAAUUCGUAUUAUUCUAUAAUACGAGUAUUACCUACUUAGUCUUAUUAAUAAAAAUGUUUUCAAUAAAUGACAAUAAAUUUGAUGGUUAAAUGUAUAUUUUGUUUAUUUUUUACCAUAAUACCAAAGUUUGGUAACUGUGUUAAUCAUUUUGUCUACCAAGGAUUCUUAUUCCAGGAUUCAAAAAAGAGGGUUCCUAAUUUAAAAAUCAAAAAUGUAUACUAAUUUAAAUUUAAUGAAAAUAGUGUUAAAAUAAAGCUUAAAUGACCGCAUAAUGAUUGAAAAAAAACAAAAAUUAUUUAAACCACUUAAAAUUGUCCGAGAAAAUCACUGGUAUUGGACUAUCACUAUUAUGUACGAGUACAUGCAUGUGUAUACUAUACAUUAUAACAACGCGUUAUCUUCUCCGUCAUUGGUUUGCAUCCGAACGUUUCGUUUGGAUAUAUUGUGACAAGCAUCCUUCUAUUUUUGUCCUCAAUGCAUUUCGUAUAAUUCGUUAUAAUUUUGUAAUCAAUAAAAACAUCGUGCAUUUUUAUCUCGUAAAAUAUAAUUUAACGAUGCGAAUAAUAAAAUCAAAAUAACGCGUAAUAAAUAUGGUGCGUUAAAGUGCACGCUAAUAACAAAACAAACAUGUUUAUUUUUUUUUUUACACAGAAAACAUAUUUUUUUUAAAGUGCAUGUUUUCGCACUAACGAUAACUGGUUGAGCUCUCGCAAAAAACCUAAUUUUGCAACAUAUUUUUCUUCUCGCUUUGUAGCUUUAUCUACUGAUCAUUGUGCAUACCAUACAGGCAUCGAUAUUGAUCGUAACACCCUUAACUCGUAACGGUCGAGCUCUAUACAACAUUUUUAAUACGCCUUAAUUUGCAUGCACUUAAAUUUUAUGACGAGCAUUUGUAAAUUUAAUCGACGAAUUAUUUUAAUUUGACUUUUCUGGAAAACGAUUUAAAAAACUACAAAAUGUGCUUGUUUAACACGAAAGUAAAAUGCUCGGCCAUGCCGUGACGGAUUGACAAAAUUAUAUCCGUACAGAGUAUCCACCAUACAUUAUUACCGGCUUUGUCGGUUUUUUAAAUUUUACAUACGAUUUCUUUUAUUCUCUACAUUAGCAAGUAGAAAUAAAAUAGAAAUGUUGAAAUCGUAUUAAAAAUUUUAUAUUCUUCCGGAAUUUAUAUUCUUGGACUUUUUUAUUCUGCAGAGUUUUUUGGAAUCAAAUCUAAAAUGCGUCUGGAAUCGAAGUCUCGUGGAGGCAAUGCAAGUGAUCAAAUACGAAGGAUACGUAUCGCCGGGCGUACUUUUGUUUACGGGGGACCCGUGUUCCAUGGAAGUGAUCCGCGGGGCUUGGUGUCGUAACGUGCUUAGACCACCAAUCAGCUACGUGAUCACGAAAAUCGGUAAGGACCGGUCGUUAUUUUUCACGUCGCUUAUCGAUCAGAUAGCAUAAUGUACUUGUAGGUAACCUAACCGUGGUAAGAUAAAAUAUGGAAGUCGUAAUUUUUAUAGGAGACGUCGAAGAUUGCGUGGUAGAGGACUUGAACCAGGGACAAUUCACACCGUUAUCCGAAGCCCUGUGUCUAGUCAUACUGGAGUUGACCAGCGCAAACCAGAACGCCACAAUCGACACUGUGCGAUCGGCUCUACAGAUAUUUUUCUCCAACAUUCAACCGCCGGCCGAGCACGUUAUCUACGACGCGAUGGUUAAUCUCAUGUCCGAGAACAAGGUAUACCUAACUACAAUCUACAUAUAAUAUUAUUAUAAUGAUAAUGAUAUUAUCUUUCGUCUGUAUAAUAUAACCGCGUGACUCGGUGGGAAUUUCACAAAGAUUUUAAUCCUAAUACCCAAUUUAAUGGAUACCUACCUACAUAUACACGAUCUCGAAAUAUCUUGUUUUGACACCGCAUUACAGUUAUAUAGUGUCAACUGCUGCAGUAUAGUUGCGUAAACGAAAUAUAAACUUCAAAUAAGAGAAAAUAAUAAUAUAAUAUAGUAAUUAUAGUUGUAUAUAAUAGGAAAUUAUGGUUUUAAAAUAUAAUACAGAACCAGUUUCGUUAAGAAAUUGAAAUGAUAAUUACUGUUGAAUAUUAUACAAUUAAUAUUGUAUACCCAGGUAAUCGAGAUAAGACAGUAUGAAUUUUAUAUGAAAAUUGAAAAACGCAAAGGUAAUGAGGGUGAAAUAGCUGUCCCUAUCGGAGAAAUCGGAACACUCCCACGGUACCUCUACAUGUUGUAAGAAGUGACAAAUAGGGUUGCGUCAGGUCGACAACCGGUGCAAAAAUUGUGUCAAAUACAUAGAUAGAAUAAUCCUAAACAAAUCUUGAACGAAUUGUCAUGACCUUCUCGGAUGUAAGUGGCAACAACAAAAAGAAGAGGGUUUGUGACAUAAAAUUAAGUGUGAUUGAAUGAAAUGGAGAGAAUCGUAAGAUGUUUUAAGUGACAAGAUAAUUCCAAUGACACUUAGAGGUGAGUUCUACAAAAAUAUAGUAAAACCGAUUAAAUAAAUUAUCUUGAAUAUUCCUGAGAAUUUCCACCGGACUUCAUUCCCGGAAAUCGCUCAAUGACUCAUGAGGGGGAGAAAAAUCAGAAACAGUAAGAAUGGUAAUGCAAAUAAAAGUAGAAGGAAAUAAAAGGAGAAGAAAAUCUUAAAAGAGGUGGUUAAAUAUAAUUGAGAAUAAUAUAAGGGCACUCAAGGACACCUAGUAUAUUUGAGAAAUCGGGUCAAAUAGAAGUCUAGGAUGAGAUUAGCCUACUCCAAAUAGCUCAGAUGAAGGCGAAGAAGAAGAAGAAUGAGGGCGAAAGAGCAGGUUUUAUAUAAUUUUUUAGAAAAUCAACUGCACAGAAAAUUGUGAUACAAUAAUGUGAUGGGUUUUUAAAAGGUUUAUAUACUUUUUAGUUGAAUAUUUUUAAAAUUAGUGUAAUAUCUAGACAAUCUAAUUCAAUAAACCAUUGUUUUUAAUCAAAAACGACUUAAUGGGAUAUGCCUCGUGUGUCACCGGAAACUUGGAAAGUAAUAGUUAAGAUAAAUCAAACACUGUUCAAGAACAUUAAUAGUAUACAGAUAUAUAAUGAUAAUUGAUUACGUACAACCGUAUAAAAUAAGAUGUUGUUCACUUACAUAUAUGAAGUGACUCUGUCUCAAAUAUGAUAUAUGAACUCUAUAAUAUUAUGUAUUUUCUAAAAUAUGGUUUUUCUACGAUAUGUUAACGGGUUUCAUAAAAUACGAUCUUUCCAAACGCUCGACUACUUAAAUUUUGACGAAAUUAUAUAAUAUAAUCUAACCUUACUUCGUAAGAAAAUAAAAAAUACAGAAAUCUCGUUAAAAAAUAAUGUCUUCUUCUUCUUCUAGUGUUGUAAAUACGAAAUAUGUAAAAUAUGUGACGCAGUAUUAUGCCAUUUAUAAAUAGUGAUUGUAGGCUAUUUUUUUUUUUUAUUUUUUCUUAAAAUUUAUCCUGGAUAUAGAAUUUUUUUAAAAUUGUUUUUCUUAAUUCAAUCCAACUAAUUCGCACAUUCUGGAAUAAGCACAUUGUUACUAUUAUUAUUAUUAUUAUUUUUUUUAAUAAUUUUAAAAAUGAGUCUACAGUGGAAAGUCACGUCUACCUAAAAAUACAUGAGAGAAUUCGCUGAUUUGUUUUAAAUUUGUUUUGUAUACUUUAUUACGAUUAAUAUUUUGCUUAUUAUUAUUACCAAAAUUGAACCUGUAUAACUGGAACGAUACAACUGUACCAGAAGGCAAAUUUAAAUGGAGAUAUUGUAUGAUAUUAAUAUAUUAUAUAGAUAAGUAGUUAGACAGCAUUUUAUUCAUGUAAGUAGUAUGUAUUUUUAAAUAUAGACCAGAAGUUGGUACCCUACAGUUGGAUUAGAAGAGGUAAAUAGCAUAUCACAAAGAUGAAGUUAAUUGACCAGUUUUAGUCGUCGACUUUGAUACUUAACAAAUAAUGAACAACUGGGUAUAUGAAUAUAAGAAUAGGACUAUUAUAAACUAUUAUUGAGUACAUUUUGUCUGUAUGAUAACACCGAUUGUCCAAAAUAGGGAGUAAAAUUGGUCCGUUUUUGAAAUAGAGAGAAAGAGAGAACGAUAUUUUUUUCUUAUGGUGGAAACGAGACGAAAGUAAAUUUUAAAAUCGAUCCUUAAAAAAAAAAUUCUACCAAAAAGAAAACUCAGUCUAAUAUAUAUAUAUAUAUAUGAAUUUGUUGACCUUGUACCGACGUUAAAUUUUAUCCACUUCAUAUCGUUUAUUAUAAUACGUUUUACGAGUAAUAAUAUUAAUAUUAUCCUACAAGAAAAUGUGCCAUAAAACCAGUUUUUAUAAACAUAAAAUAUAAAUAUUUUUUGUAGAUAUACCAAUCCUCUAAGGGUUACUUUGUUGUGACGCCAGAGAUGCAACGUUUAGUAGGUUCAGCGACCGCCAGCCCGGCACACAGUUUACGGUUGGGAGGAAGCUGCAGGUACAGCCCGACCAAAAGAGGAUUCUUGAUGUCCACUGAAGAAGCGUAUGUCAAAGUGCACGGCGAUAUAGAAACGCUGCGGGAUGGAGAUCAGACCCACCAGAAUAUACAAACGAACUUGGCAGACAUCAUAUCCGGCGGUAAGUUUAACCGUUUUUCUGCAUCAAAAAUAAACCUCCUUCAAUUAUAUUCGCAGUAUUUCCGUUAUCUUUUUAAACUGGACAGCGUAACAGAAUUUCCCGCCUGUUUUUUUAUCGUUUAAAUGUAAAGUUUGUUUAAAAAUUAUUUCAAAUACCGAAAUCUACAUAUAUACCUAAAAUAAAUUAAAUUUAAUGUGCUAUCUUGUCUACCCAUCUCUUUUUAUUUCAUCCGUAUCACCAAGAUAACUCAAAAGCAGGGCUAGAUUAAGAGGAGAACUAGGCCUACAGGGACUGUUUUGGAUCACAAUUUUCGAUUUUUUUUUUUCAAUAAUUUUAGAUACUGAUUGUAGUGAAGAAACUAUUAAGUAUGUAGUUUUACAAAGUUGUGUUUUAUCUCGGAAAAUACUUUUUUGGUUAGCGAAAAUUCUCAAAUUUUGUAUGUCAUAUAAAAAAUGCAAAAUGUUUGAUUGGUAGGAUUUAAUAUGAAAUUUUCAUAAAUUCAAUACCUAGGUCCUUUUUUGUUUUUUGAAAAUACAAGUACACCGUAUCGAGAAAUAAUAUUAUACUGUCACCGAUAACUACCGUCAAAAUGAAAUAAAUAUAUUGUAAUUUAAUAAAUCUGAAUUUAAAAAAAAAAAAAUGUCCAAUAAUAUAUCCCUCUGAUUUCUUUGUUCCAAUAUCUUCUUAAACUAUGAUCGUUAUGCAACCUUGAAAAGCUGCCUAAAAAUAAAAAUUAUAAGAAAUGUAUGCAAAAGAAAAAAUCAAUUUCUUUAUCAUAUAAUACGAAGAAUCCUAUGUGAGCCACUCUUUUGGGGUUAAAUUGAGAAAAUCCGGCUUCUAAAUGCGUAUCACGGACUCAUUCAUCCGCUUCUGACAAUUUUCAGAUCCGUACGUGUGAUAGAUUUGGCUGUGGAUCACACAUCACAGACAUCUAAAUACUUUUUUUUAUUACCAUAUAGAUUAUUAGACGAUUUUGUAUUAUGUAAUAUUAUAUUUACUUUUUAAAUUUUAUUGCUCCGAUAAAUACGAUGACAAUAAAUUCUUAAAUUGGCAUCGGUCGGACGAAACAACAACAACGGUAUACGCACUGUAUCGCUGUCGUCCGAUCUGAAACGAACCCAAAUGCGAGACGGCAUUAGCAAUUAUAAUGGAUUCGUCGACGAAGGUUUAAAUAAAAACAAAGAACACGAACCCGCAAACGUGUCAACGACAUAGUUUACGGAGAGCAGAACCAAAAAAAAACAUAUCGAAAAACGUGCCGAUUUCGCCCCUCCUAUUCUGACCAUACGUAAUGCGAACUUUUUUUUCGAUUGUUGCUGAACGGCAAAAAUACAGAUAGGACUCGUUUAAAAUAUAAUAUGUACUGGUACGCACAUAUAACGAUACAUAUGACACACAACGACGGUUUACCGUUGUAAAUGUAUAAUACCAUAUCGUAUCACAUUAUUAUUUUGUCCAUAUUUCUUUUGUUUUUGUUUUGUUUUACCGUCAUUAAUCUGUGAUUAAGUCUAACCCACGUGAGUAUACAUUUUUGAACCGCCACGGUGUGCCGUACGUAUACGUUAUAAUAAUAAUUAUUUUAUUGCGCGUAUAUCUAUGUUUUAAAUAAAUAUAAAUCGUCUCGCUGACUUAGUAUGUACAGACUGUGCGACGACUUUUUCUCGAAAAGCGAAUAUAAAAUCAAACUGCUUUUUUUAAUGUUUAUUUUCUCCUUCAACAAUUUCGAAACGACAGUAGUUAAAAUGAGACUACAUUUAUUAAAAAGACAGACAUACUUCGAACGUGGGUGGGCCACUGUUGUACGUGAAAAGUUGGGAAGGUAGAGGGGAAAUUUAAUGUAUACCUGUACGCAACGAUUAACCAUUGCUAACGAAAAACGAUUGUGAGCAGAUUUAGGUUAAAAGUGUUGCUUUGUCAACAAUAUUUAUGUCAUAUAAAAUAAUUGCAUAUGCAUUAUAUAUUAUCUUUAAUAAUAUUUUUUUAAUAUUGUACCUAAUUUCUCGUUUUCCCCAUGUGUUUUCCCGGUUUUUCCCAUUAACUAUGAAACAACUAGGAAAAUCAAAAUAUAACCUCCUUAGUACCACCCUAUGAAAAUUACAUUUCAGAAAAAUUGUUACACUUGAUACUUCAGAGCAAAAUUUCUGGAAGAAUUUUUCAGAUAAUUUCAACUUAAAAAAUAGAUCCCUCCUCUCACUUUAAGCACUGAGAAUUAACAAUCUUCGAAAUGAUAAAAUUGUGAAAUGAACAUUUUUUCUAAAAAUAUUAGUCCAGAGAUUUGUCUAUUAUGGAUUUGUCGUUCCCGGAGAAUAGAUGUCAUUCCAAAUAAGCAGGUAUUAGGAAUGAUACAAUAACGAUUUGCAGAUUCCAAAAUAUUGGUUAAAGUUUUUACGCCCAUCUACUGUACCACUUUACCUAACCUAAAUUAAUCUAGUCAUGGUUUUACAGGAAACCCGAACGACAAAAAGUUGUCACCCAGAAGGGAUUCCGCGGGAAAACUGGAAAGACGCAACUCACUCAGGGGAAGUUCAGCUUCCCGGCGGCUGGCCACCAUUCAGAGAAGUGGCUCAAUGAGACACAUAUCAAACAAAAACAAAACCGACGAAUCGGAGUCGAGUAAGUAAAAUUUGUUUUUCAAAACCUGCAGCCCUGAAUUGACAAUCACAUCCGUUCGUGUCAUUUUUUAUUAUUAUAUACUGUUUUUGUUCGCAGGAAAAUCUCCGGGUAUUUUCUCGAGACUGUUUGGCAGCCGCAGAUCGACUUCCAAAUCCCGAAAAUCAAACGGAAACAAUAGUUCCACCCAGUUCCCUCCGGACGAAUGGUUCAACAAAAGCGCACAACCCCAACAUUCGACCUCUACUCAAACAGAAAAGGUAUUUUUGAUGAAAAUUAUUUGAAUAAUUUAUACAGCCAAAUUAAGUUAUUUGUUGAUAAAAAAAAAAGAUGAAAUUUUAUCAUAAAAAUAGUAGGGGUGAAUGUUAAAAGGUUGAAACAUUCGAAAGACACAUUCGUGACACCAACGCCAUAAAUAUACAAAAUCGGAUCCUUCUAACUUUAUUCAAGAGGUCUGUACGACUAUAGAACGCUAAAAUAAAAACCCUUUUCUCAUAAAAACAUGAUUAAACUCACAUUGAAAUCCAAUCCAACUUUUAUCACUUUAAUCUGUCUACAAAACAAUUCGAAUUCCCAAGUUGAAUCUCAUUUGACCCAGAGAGCCACAAGAAAUGUUCAAUAGUAGCGGGAAAAAAUGUAGAUGUAAAAAUAAAGAUAUCAAGAUAAAUAUAUAUAAUAGUCACAAAACCGACAGUCUUUAUUUUCGAGGACAAUUCCAAAUGGACAGUUACACAACAUUACCCUCGUGUAUUUUUAUUAUUAUUUUUUUUUUUUAUCACUAUAAGAGCAACUUAUGAUAAACUUAAUAUGGUAUAAAUAAUGAAAUCAGAAUUUUUUCCUCAACAACUACAAGGGUAAUACUAUUAUAUUACAGUUCAAAGACUGCUGUGCCCUCAUAAAACAACCGGUGUUAAGAAGACAUUUUAAUUUUUAUUGUAUCGUAGACGGUAAAUUCCCGACGGUCAUACAUCCGAAAUAGCCUUUGAUAAGGCUGUCCAAUCAUACGACUAGAUUUCUCGCCAGAUUUUCAAAGUACAUAAUAAUUUAGGUGCAUAUAGUAAUACAUUCCAGUUAUGUGCUUACUCGCGCGGACGGAGUUGUUACGUAAAAUAUUUUAAUAAUAUUCAUGCCCUCGAUGGCUUAAUAAUGAUUUGUCGUAUUUUUUUUAUUUUUUAUUUAUUUACAAGUUUAUUACUUUAUUAUACCGAAUGUUCGCGGUAGACAUUAAAUAUACUAUUACCGUCGUUGUUAGGAAACAGGCAGUCGCUGAAAAAAAAAGACUUAACAUUUCUAAACGAUUUUCCUCCGCGCAUAGGUACGUACUAUCUUUAUGUAAUUACCGAAUAUUAAUGGAAAAAAAAUCCAUAUGCAUGAAAGGUCACUGUUGUAGAUGAAACGUUGGGAAGGGAAUACGAUAUAGGGUAAUUUAAUUUAUAUACUGAAAGCAAUAAUAAAUGUAAUCUCAAAAUGAUUCUGAGUAGUGCAUGGAAAACUGAUAAAAUUAUAGUAUGGGUCAGUGGCAUGGUGAACUUUUUUUACCUAUGAGGCCAAUGCAAUUCAGGAGACCGAAUUUAGGAAGUCUGUUUUCAAUUUUGUCAUAGAUAAUACUUUAAUCGAACAACGUAGGAGCCUUCUUCACAAAAGUUUGUCAUGGUUGACUAAAAAAAUAGGGCAUUUAUAUCGGCAUUUGGUGUCAUUUUUUUUUUUGUUUUUUUUAUAAAAACCUAUCGAAAAUUCGGACAAAUUAUUCAAAUAAAGUAUUACUGGGUGAAAAUUCCGUAUGUUUUAAAGUAGAACACAGGUAGGUCACAAACCAAAAAGUGUUUUCCGAAAAGAGGAAAAAAGCACAUUUUAAUAGUGUAUUCAGAUUUUCUUCGCUACACCAAAUAUAUAAAAUAAAAUUGAAAAACCACAUAAAUAAUAAUAUUAGUACUCAUAUCUGAGAAACCAAAUUUUCUUUAUGAAAAACUACAACCAUCAAGUUUUAGUUUUUUUUUAUCCCUACAACAAGUUAUUUGAGUUAGAAAAACAUAAAACUCUCAAAUUUUAAAACAUUAAUAACAUUUUUUUAAAUACGUGGUAUCAAAAAAAUAUAACCAACGUUGCACUGUGAAAGUUCUAUUUUUUAUGAAAAUUUCGCUUCUUGAUAAUAUCUAAAGGUCGGGUAGUUUGUGUCCCAAGCAAGACAGUUUUUACACUCGAAUUUACUGAUGUCGUGCCCCUCUGAGGGAACAUGAUGUACCCACAUUUAUUUAAAGCCUAUAUGUGAUGGAUUUGAACGAAAUUUUUUAAAACACGAUUUUUGCGCAAAACAACUUUCCGCUUGUUUAAUUUAUCUGGGCUGCAGUGUGCUUAUUUUUUCGUCAGCAUUAUUUAAUAAUUGUGUAUAACUAAAUAAAAUGACGGACAUACUUCACACGUAGGUGGGUUACUAUUGUAAGAGAAGUUGGGAAAGUAGUAGAUGGGACGUUUAACGCAUUAAAUGUACGCAACGAUUAACCGUUGCUAUAACGAACAAACGAUUCUGAGCGGAAUUCGGUUGAUAGUGUUGCUUUGUCAACGAUAUACAUAUAUGUCAUAUUAUGGUAAAAUAAUAACACAUGCAUUAUAUAUUUUCUUUAAUAAUAUUUGUUAAAUAUUAUAUAUCUAUGUUCCCGUUUUUUCCCAUUUUUUGGUAAAAUGUAUGGGAAAACUAAAAAUGAUCUCAUUAAAGUACCACUCCAGUCAGAUUUUCUUUCAGAUAAAAUGCAAUUAUUGUAAAUCGGAACAAAAUUGUGGGUAGAAAAGUCGUUUACCGGAAAAAGAAAGGCCGUAAUAAUUAUUACUAGAUUAUUAUUAUUAUUAUGGAAUUAUUUGAGAAACCAAAUUUUUACCAUUAAACAAACAGAACCUGAACUGUGUUAGUUUUAGUUGUUUGUUAUCACUAUUGCGAAAUGAGUAAUUUGAAUUUGAAAACCAUUAAAACUGUUAAGAGUUUUAAACGAUAAUAACUUUUAUUGUACAUAUUUGCAAUAUCGAAAAGACGAAACAAACGACGCACAAUGCAAAUACUCCUUUUUCUAUCGUGAAAACUCGAUUUCUUAAUGAACUCUAUAGCCCGGAGUAAUAUUUUCCCGGGCAAAACAGUUUUUUUUACAAUCGAAAUACGAGUGAUGCCGCGUCGUCCUCUUAACACAUAAUAAGUUAUACAACGAGUAUACAAUUAUGAUUAAUUAUCCGGCGGCGAGGAGUUUGACGAUUCGGCCACAUAAUUGUAUUGUUGAUUCGGUCGACUUCAAAUACGAGUCACGACUUAUCGACAUUAGGACCGUACGCGAUUACCUAUUAUACAUAAACACGCAGUCCCGUUUUAGUCACUUUCAUACGGCGCAUGCAACAUCACAAAACCCCGGUAAUAUUUCGGGAAAGUGUUUGCGCUAUAUAUUAUUGGACGUAAACGCUUUUUGGUUUUCUCUUCUCGCGUAUAUUUAUUGUGAUUUUUAUUCGGGUAAAAUCUACAGAGACCGUGUUUACAGGUAGGUACACUGCGCAGUCUGAAUAUACACGCGGUUCGGUCCGCUAUAAUAUUAUGAUAAACAGCCAGGCGUGAUGUCCAUAUUACAUUCUAUAUUGUAUUCCAAAAACGAAAGACAAAAAAAACUCCCCAUCAUUCGAUCACGUUAGAUUCAAUACGGGUUUCGAUAGUUAUAAUAUUGUCCACGUUUUGUUCAAAUGUCGUUUUCGUGCAGCACCUUUACACGAUUACUGGCCAAGUAUACCUAUAUAGGCCAUAUAUAGUGUCUUGUAAUGAUCGCGGCCGGAUUAUAUUAUGUUUAAAUUGAAAAUAAUAGUUUUAUUAUAUUAUGUAUUCAUCAUAUUGUUAUAUAUAUAUAUAUGUAUAUUCCGCGUCGCUUUGGUUUAGUAUAGAGAAAUUGUAAUUUCACUAAAAAGAGCGGCGGUGGCGGCCGUCCCAUUUAUAGUUUUGUUGCGACGUUAGAAUUUAUACAGAGUGAUUCUUUUGUCGUUCAACAAUAAUUAUAAGUAUAGACUUUUAAAAAAAAAAAUAUAUAUAUAUACCAACAUAUUUACAACUAUAUAUAUAUUUACAAAGUCACAUACAUAGAUAAAGUAUUAAUUUAAACACAUUUUGGUGUUAACAUUUCUGAUUUCCGUCAACCCGUUCACAAGAAAUACUUUUGAGUUUGGGUGGAGGGGAAGUAGUGAAGUAUCAUUUGUGUGGCUGCACGGCGUUUGAAUAAUGGUAAAAUGAUCAAAAUAAAAUUCAAAAAUAAGGACGACAAAAAAUAAUGGUCGUAUAAUAUUUUAGAUAUUCUUGUUUCUUAAGUUGUUAAAACAUUUUUUUUUUUUUCUAAAACCUAUACUUUGUGAAAUAAUGAGCGUACGACGAUAAAAUAAUCACUCUGUAUAAUAAUGCAAAGGAGAUGGCUGCAUCUGAGUUCCGUAGCAAUAACCUUUAUUUAAACCAAUGCCGUCCCGAUUAACAAUAAGUCUUAACGCGUUCUAAUCAAUAUACAUGUAUCUAGUAUUGAAUAACUAUACAGAUACAUAUUUUUAAGAAUCUUUUCCAUCAACCCUUCCCCGAUGCCACCCAUACAUUAAACUUAGUGUUGCUUCAUGCGGGAUGGGUGACGGGUAGCGUAUGAACACGCUGAUCACACAUCAGUGGAUUUGUAUACAUAAAUAUUAAGUAUUUUUUUUUUAUGAAAAUAUCAAAUGUGAUUAUUAUAGUAUGAGGUAGUGAGGUAAUGAGAUGGGGUAUAUGGAUAAACAUUUUAAGUCUCCGCACUUAUUUUAAAACCACUGGGCGAUCCUGUCCCUGGGUACAUGCGAAGUAACGUGAGACACUGACAAGAAGUAUCAAGGAAAUCGCACAGCGAAGUGUUCAGAAACUUUAAAAGGGGGGGGAGUUUGAGAUAGGGGAGUAGAAAUUAAUAAAUCGUUAGUUUCAGGGAAUGGCUGGAAAUUAAUUUUGUAAUUUUAUAAUUGUGUCUUACGUUAAUAACAAUUACAUUCUCUUGACUUAUUUUAGCUAAAUGGCGUGUACGCGUCGUAUAUGCAUAUAUUUUCACUCAUGAUAAUGUACUGAAAUUAAAGUCUUAUUUCAUGUAUCUAAGUUAUUACGAUGUAUUUGACAUAAUUCAAAAAUUAUGUGAUUUAAGGCAUUUAGAACGCCGUGUUUAAAUUAUGUUGUAUCGGUCGCCUUGUACACGGGACGAUCGGGACGCUUACGGGUCAUUUCGACGUGCUUAUUAGCCAUAUUUCCAAAUAAGAUAUUGGUAAUGUGAUAUUUGGUAUUUUUGCAGGAAGAGGAGGACGGCGGGGUGAAACAGUGGCCGGCCGCGAGGUUGACGAGGAGCGCGACGUUGCCCAGAAAGUCGCGGGCCGCUUCGGGAUCGUCGGUCGGGUCCGGCGUCCGUCACGUGCAGGACAAGGCUCCGGCGGCCGCUAAGAAGGCGUACCCGUCCAGCGGUUCGUCCGGAUACAAUUCCCUUCCGCGCAUGCACGGCGGCGGCGGUCGCAAGUCCGGCGUCAAAAACUCGCCGUCGUCUGAACUGUCGUACAGGACGGCAACCGCCGCCGACGCCCCGGGCAAACCGGUGUCGGCCGGCGGCGAUUCCUCCGGCAAACCGGAGAGCCCGCCGUCCGGCGGCCGGGGCAGCAACUUCGACUCGAGCUACAGCUGCGACGAGAUAUCCGUCAACGAUUCGUCCAUCACGCUGACGGUGCAGCAGGCGGCCGCCGCGCCACCCGCGAGGGCCAAGACGGCCGCGGACCUGCGCAGAGAGUAUUUCCGAGGCCCGAGCAAGUACGGUCAGCCGGGCUCCGGCAACGGUACGUGCGCCGUCGCCGCCGGAGAACCGCGUGGUCUCCAGCACCGCCGCCAACAGCAGUAUUCCGAGGGCAGCGGUCGCGAGAGACGACCACCGCCGGCCGUCGCUUCCGGCCUGCACAAAUACUUCGACAACGCGUGUAAAAUAAAAUGA